AUGCCCAGACUUUCAUUUUCUCACCUCCGGGACUUCACUUACUUGGGCUCUUUGUUGGACUAUCAAAGCCGCAUGAAUACAUUGCUGGAUCUCGAGAGAAUCAAGGACAGAAAAAAACUAGAAGCUCAAGUUAUCUUGAAGCAGCCUUCGACUCGGGUUCUAUGCUUUCAACAGCAAUUACCAGCAACCGACGCUCUGAGAACAGAUGUACAAGUGCCAAACAUCAAUGGCACUGAACUUAUCCGACUCAGUUCAUUUGAGGAUGUUUACAAGUUGAUGCAAACUAGAACCAAUGGUAAAUCAGAAAAGGCAUUCGAUAUCUGGAUGCCGCCCCCGUCUGGCUCUGGUUAUUCCAUCGUUCAGGUCACAUUAUCCAGGACAGACGCUGCCAACGAUACUUUGAUCAAGGAAAUCACUCCCAACUCAAAUCCCGACACAUGGUCGAACACAACAUUAACUGCUUGUGGAGUUCGAGCCACAUGGGUUGCCGCCAGAUACAUCGUUUCCCCGCCGACAGUAGUUCCGCAGAUGCAAAGCCAGCCCCUCAACACCGAAUCAGAGGUACAAGCAGAACCAAUUAGGAUACAUCCUUCAUUUGCCGAGGAGAUGUGGAAGAUUGUGACCCGUAACGACAGCAAAGAUGACAUAUUCAAAACUCCACCUAUGCCUUGGAACUCCUCGGCCAUCGAUACUAUCUCCCCGACGGAGCGACCAGCCUCACAAGAGAUGGUCUUAGCCGCGUUCUUCGCAAACGCUCUUGCCAAUGCAGAGCCCGAACGCCACUCCCCGCGAAAUCAGAAUCACACUUGCAACGAAUAUGAGGUUGAUACCAUGUCGGACUCUCCAACGCCUACUAACUGUUCCAUACCCACUUCUCUACCUCCUGCACCAUGCCCCUCAUCAUUCGAUCAAUCCUUCGACAACUGCUCCACCAUUCCCUUAACUCUCCUCGAGAAUGGCUGGGGCUAUACCAGAGAAUUCCCGAACACACGCAUCGCGCUCGCCAUGCUGUGUGCAUAUCUUCUAGGCGUUCUGUCAUACAUCUUCAGCCUUUUCAUGCGGAGCACGUGCACUGCGUGGCAGUCGCCCGUUGACUUGGUCGCCCUCGCGCUGCAAUCACGACCACCUGAUCCAAAGUACUUGGGACAUGUAUCGGUGAGAAUCAACGAGGAUGAGACGUUGGUGGAGCCGGAUGAGCUUCGUGAGAAUGAGGAAGGGAAGUUGGAGUUGGUUUUUAAGAAUGAUCCACAGCAUGAAGGGAGGAGGCUUCGGAAGAUCGAGGUCAAUAAGAGAUAUUGA